CACAAGAUGUACCAAGAACAGCUCAACCUUACCUCCCUGGACGCGCCACUACAGCUCCAACUUGACGCCAGCUGGAUCCAGUUCCACCUGGGGAUCAGCCGCCACGGGCUGUACCCCCGGUCCAGCCCUGUCGUCCGCCAACUGCUCCAGGACAUGAGGCGCUCUCCCACCAUCAGCGCUGAUUACAGUCAGGACGAGAAAGCCCUGCUUGGGGCUUGUGACUGCACCCAGAUUGUGAAACCCAGUGGGGUCCACCUCAAGCUCGUUCUGAGGUUCUCAGACUUCGGGAAGGCCAUGUUCAAACCCAUGAGACAGCAGCGACAUGAAGAGACACCCGCCGACUUCUUCUAUUUCAUCGACUUCCAGAGACACAACGCUGAGAUUGCAGCUUUCCACCUGGACAGGAUUCUGGACUUCCGACGAGUGCCACCCACAGUGGGGAGGCUAGUCAAUGUCACCAAGGAAAUCCUAGAGGUCACCAAGAAUGAAAUCCUGCAGAGUGUUUUCUUCGUCUCUCCAGGUGGAGUACUGGCCGGAGCAGGGAUAAAAAAGAAAACGCUUUCGCACCUGCAGCUGCUGGCCCAAGGCGACUACAGACUCAGUGACGUGAUGCGGGAGUCUUUGCUAGAAGACGAGCUCAGCCCCGUCCUCACGGAGCCCCACCUGCUGGCCCUGGACCGGAGACUCCAAAUCAUCCUACAGACAGUGAAGGGGUGUGUGGAGGCCCACGGAGAGCAGAGCGUCAUUGCCAGUGACCCCGCAGGAGAGUCGGCCCCGGACUCUGGCCGGGCUAACCCGACAAGCUAG